AGAGAGAGAGGGGGAGAGACACAAAGAACGUAGAUCUGAAUCUCGCUUAGAUCGAUAUCUGUUAGUCUGUACAUACUUACACGUUUUGGGAUACGAUUGCGAUGCUCGUUUGCCAAGCACCGAUCACGCCAAAGUAUCAAAGCAAAGAGAAAGCAUACAGAGCGAGCGAGGGAACGGAGGAGGAGACUACGCGGUAAGACACGAUAGAAUUGCGAAAGUUCAGUAAUACGUUUCACAACGGGUAUGGUUGCCGCAUUAAGAGUCAAGUACGUAUGUACUCGUUGUUGAGUCCGUACGUGGUAUCCAUACCGUGAUAUAUCGGCCUGUUUUCGCGUCCCCUUGAAGUGUUCCGAUAGACUGAAACGUUUUACCGACGUUAGUAAUGUCGCGAUUAAUGCUGUGUAAUCUUGGCAAUACCUCGACAGCGGGAAAUGAUACGAACAACAACGCAAAUACAAACAGCAGCAUGGAGGACGACGAUUCUUAUCCACUGCCUACAAUUUAUCGCUGCCGUGCACCCAUAGCAAGUCUGGAUUGCAUGGAAGAGUUCAACGGCGGCGGAGGCGGCGGAGGCGGCGGUGGCGGCGGUGGCGGCGGUGGCGGCGGUGCAGACUCGGGCGUGCACUGCAGCAACACGACCGGAACAAAAGAGCAGCUACUAACUAGCUGCAUUGCCGCACAAGCGCAACGUUUGCAGCAUCCCUCGCCAGGUAUUCGCUACCGCAACUUGGGCAAAAGCGGUCUACGUGUUUCCAAUGUUGGAUUAGGAACAUGGACCACCUUCGGCGUGGGCGGCUGCGGCAGCGAGGAGACCGCGGAGGCUGUCGUAGCGCUCGCCUACGACAGCGGGAUUAAUGUAUUUGACUUGAGCGAGGCCCACAGCGGACAUCGCGCGGAAAUUCAGUUCGGUCGGAUUUUGCUGAGGCGCGCCUGGAAUCGCUCCAGUUACGUAGUCACGACGAAAAUUUAUUGGAACACCAAGACCGAGGGUCGCGGGCUAUCGCGGAAACACAUUAUCGAGUCCGUGCAAGCUUCGCUCGUCAGGCUGCAACUGUCGUACAUCGACAUUGUCAUGAUCCACAAAGUCGAUCCAAUGUGUCCGAUGGAAGAGAUAGUUCGUGCUAUGAAUUACGUCAUAAGCAAAGGCUGGGUGAUGUACUGGGGUACAUCGCGAUGGACGCCCGUCGAGAUCAUGGAAGCCUACACGAACUGUCGGCAAUUCAAUUGCGUGACACCGAUCGUCGAGCAAGCGGAGUAUCAUCUGUUUUACAGGGAGAAACCCGAACUCUAUAUGCCCGAAUUGUAUAACAAAAUCGGCGUUGGUCUGAUGGCAUGGUCCACUGUUACCAUUGGAAUGGUUUCCUCAAAGCCGGAAGAUUGCGGCGUAUCGUUUCUCUCGAGAUCCUCUUAUAAAAACAAAUAUUCUUCGUUCAGUUGGACGGAGGAUGAAACUCAGUCUUUGUACAAGGAGGAGUACGCGUGGAAGGACAAGUCCGCCGACGAAGAGACACGGAAGUACUCGGAUAAAUUGCGGGACGUGUGUGCUCUGGCCGAAAGACUGGGCUGUUCUUUCGGACAAUUGGCCAUCGCGUGGUCUUUAAAGAAUGAAAGUGUUCAGUGCCUUCUGCUCGGUGCGUCCAAUAUAGAUCAACUGUACGAGAGUCUCCAAAGUUUGCAGCUUAUCCCAAAAUUGAACGCGAGCAUAAUGAGCGAGAUCGAGAGGAUCCUUGAUAACAAACCGUCCCGACCGCCGAUGGUGUCCACCCUGGCGCUUAGAUGACAAUCGAUGUGCCCCCACGGCAGCGGUGGGGGCUCCCUGGAGGAGGCUGGCAGUCCGAAAAGCGAAGGCGGCAACAGCCAGGAUCAGGAGCAGACCAAGGAAGUGAACAAUAAGUUGCCGUUCUGCGAGAUACAGUGAAGAGCGCGACGACGGUCCAUCGUUCUCGCCCCGGUAUUGUCAAGCCCGAGGACCGACGCGCGGACUCCUCGUCCACGUCCUCGCUCCCGUUUGGUCGCGGCGCACGUCGAGUGUACAUAUUACACAUCCGAGUCGAUGACAAUACUUAUUAAUUACGAGUACAUCGGACAACCUGUUCGCGACGUGUCCGAUGGCGAGGCAUAGCCGCGGGUGAUUUUUCGCGCGCGCGCGUGAUUUGAUAACUCCUUCUCUCUCUCUCUCUCUC